CUGUGGCAGGCGGAAGGCUGGAGCGAGGGCUUUACUGGCGAGGCCGGAAGCCCUCGGAGGCUGCCGGCGCCGGCGGGAGGCGGGGCUGCGGACCGCAGAGGACGCGGUGGGAUACUUGUGGUUCCCCACCUUGGCAGAGCUGAGGUUCUCCCCAGGCUCUCGAGCGGUUGCGGGGAAGUGUCGUCCUGAGCUCUGCUGACUGCUCUUCCUUCUGGUCUCGUCCGCCUUCGCGGUUCCGGAGCUAGCCUGCGCGGGCAGGGAUGGACGAGGACAACUUGGAGACUGCCCUGCAGACCUACCGGGCCCAGCUUCGGCAGGUAGAGCUGGCCCUUGGUGCUGGCCUGGACGCCUCCGAACUGGCAGACCUGCGCCAGCUGCAGGGCGAUCUGAAGGAACUGAUCGAGCUCACCGAGGCCAGUCUGCUGUCGGUCAGGAAGAGCAAGCUGCUGGCUACAGUGGACCAGGAGCACCCAGCGCAGGAGGAUGCUGAGUACUUGGCUUUCCAGAAGGCUAUAGCGGAGGAAGUGGAGGCGCCCGUCGCCCCCGGGGAUGACUCGGAGACGGUCCCUGGGAGCGAGGUGCGGCCGGGACCCACCUCCCCUGCACAGGAGGAAGAUGAGGAGGACCCAGAUCAGGAGGAGCUGAGCGGUGCUAAAGUGAAUGCCCCUUACCACAGCGCAUGGGGCACUCUAGAGUACCACAACGCAAUGGUUGUGGGCACUGAAGAGGCAGAAGAUGGUUCGGCAUGCGUUCGCGUACUCUACCUGUACCCUACCCACAAGUCCCUGAAGCCCUGCCCUUUCUUCCUGGAGGGAAAGUGUCGCUUCAAGGAAAACUGCAGGUUUUCCCAUGGGCAUGUAGUCUCUGUGGAUGAGCUGCGUCCCUUCCAGGAUCCAGACUUGAGCUUACUGAAGACCGGCUCUGCGUGUCUGGCCAAGCACCAGGAUGGGCUUUGGCACCCAGCACGGAUCACUGAUGUGGACAAUGGCUACUAUACUGUCAAGUUUGACUCACUGCUGCUGAAGGAGACUGUGGUGGAGGGGGACAGUAUCCUGCCUCCUCUGCGCACUGAGACUGCAGAGUCAUCCGACUCAGACAGCGGUGACGCAAGUGAUUCCAGCUAUGCCAGAGUGGUGGAACCAAACACAGUGGACACUGGGACCUGCAGCUCUGCCUUUGCUGGUUGGGAGGUACACACACGAGGCAUUGGCUCCAAACUCCUCGUCAAGAUGGGCUAUGAGUUUGGCAAGGGUUUGGGUCGGCAUGCAGAAGGCCGGGUGGAACCCAUCCAUGCUGUAGUGUUGCCUAGAGGGAAAUCACUGGACCAGUGCACAGAGAUACUGCAGAAGAAAACAAAGGGAAGCCAGGCUGGGACCAAUAGGCCUCCAAGAUGUCGGAGGAGUGGUGGUAGACCCGAGGGCCGCCCACCCCCUCGGAAUGUGUUUGACUUUCUGAAUGAAAAACUGCAAAGCCAGGCACCUGGGACCCCAGAUGCUGGGGUGGACACUCCAGGGAAAAGGAACAAGGACAUGUAUCAUGCCAGUAAAAGUGCCAAGCAGGCUCUGAGCCUGCAGCUCUUCCAGACUGAGGAGAAGAUUGAGCGGACCCAACGGGACAUCCGGGGCAUCCAGGAGGCCCUAACCCGGAAUGCUGGCCGGCACAGCACGACGGCAGCCCAUCUGCAGGAGAAGCUGGAGGGAGCACAGCGGAAGCUGGGUCAGCUGCGUGCUCAGGAGGCCGGCCUACAGAGGGAACGGCGGAAGGCAGACACGCACAGGAAGAUGACAGAGUUCUAGCAGCCCUGCCUGUAUGGUGGACAAAGCCCUGGGACCCAACUGCAUCUGCCUUGGCAGAAAGACAGCUGUGACCCUGACACCUGACGAGCAUCCGACGGAGGGGCCAGCCCAUGCCUAGGCUGUGCCUCAUUCAGCCUUGUCAGCCUAGAGUGUGUGGACACUACUGACUAGAUGUGGGGUGAGCCCACCUCCCAGUGUCUUGGGGUAUCUCCUUAGUGAGGACAUUAAAGUGAUUUCAUCAUAAUUUCUCUCACUGGAGACUCAGCUGGCUUCAGGAUCUCUGGGGACAAAUGGAUCUGUGUAGGUCCUGGCAACCGACAGGCAGGCUGUGGGGGGGUCCCAGAUGAGGCCGCUGCCUCUGUUCAAGGUCCAAGAGUCCAAAAGAGGAGAUUUUUUCCUCUUCUCUCUUCUCUGACCAAGUGAGUAAGGUCAUGGAGUGGCCCUUCAGUGCCCAGUACCCACAAACAGGUAGGGUGUGUGAGGUAGAAACCUUUGGGGAACACUGUCUGUGAUAAAAGCAGGCAGGCCUGACUUAAGUGGGCUCUGUCCACCUACAUCAGGGCAGAGGGCACGGUGCUAGUUUUGUGAUAGUUGCCUUUUGAUGGCAACAGCCAGGAUGAGGUGUGAGGAGGUGAGCAGAGAUCAUGGGAGCAACUGCGCAAGAGCCGUGUGGCUGCUGGG